AUUUAUUUGAGGCUAUACUACCACUUGUGUUUAUUUCUGAUUAAUACACUCAACAGAGACGUAAUAGCGGAAAAAUAGUACAUAACAGCCCGCGGGUACAAUUUUGAACGAUUUUCAUUCCACGUGAGCAACUUGCGAUACUUUUGAUACUCUGAAGUCCUUAUAUCAUCAUCACUUGUAACUGUGGUAGUAUAUAGCAAGACCAACAGGAAGUGUCAAUAUGGCGGCCUACUCGGCAAGUAUAGGUACCUCUCAUAACCAAGGUCAAGUUGAGAUAGGCCUUGGUGAUUUCCUAGCCUCAAAGUUAGAAAAGUUCGCAGACACUAUGGGUGCGGAGAAUCCCACCGAGGAGCUGAUUUACAAAGUCACAAGCAGAGAACCGGAAGCACCCAGAGACUCGGAUAAAAAGAAAUUGCUUCGCGAAGUCCACGGAACGCACAGAGGGAUCGCUAUCAAUUGCUUGGUGCAUCGCAUGGUCAAACACAAUCACUGGCGCAUCUGCCUCAAGUCGUUGAAUCUCCUAGACUUCUUCAUUGAGAAAGGGCAGCCAGAGGUUGCACGGGAGUUCAUGCGACACAAGCGGGCCAAGAAGGCCAUGCGAGACAUGGUGAAUUUUCAAUAUAUAGAUGGAGAGGACAAAGGUGCUAGAGUACGCGCGAAAGCCAAGGAAGUGUCUAUGAAGCUCAAAGACAUAGAAAGAAGUGCAAGCGGGAGCAAUGGACCCAGAGGACCACCGCGUGGCUCCGACCGACACAGAGACGUCGGAAGCGGCAGUCGCAAUGAUAGUUUUGAGUAUACUGCCCGUUCUAGCGAUCGGGACCGGGAGAGAAACAAAUUUGCGGGUGUGGCAAAGCCCAACUACGCACAGGAUGGCACGGGCCUAUUCUCGGAUGGAGACGAAGAAGACGAGAACGAUGCGAACGAUAUGGACUGGGGCGAGGGUGGCCCUACGAAGAGCCAGGGCAGUGGCAGAGAUGGACGCAGAGGUAGAGACAGAGACGGUGACCGACAGGGAAGCGGAAGUGGGAGACGAGGAAGCAACGAGGCGCGAGACGAAGGGGAGUUCACGCGCAAGCUGAGUGGUGACGCAGGAAAGUCCGGGGACAGAAAUAGAGACAGGGCGAGAGGCACGGAUAGAGGUGACCGAUUUUCACGUAGACGUGAUGCAUCAGGAUCACCACCCAGGCAGGUGAAGAAAGGGCUGGGACGACCCGUGAGCAGAGACAACGCUAGCAUCUCUGCAUCAACAAGGAAUGCAUCGAGUGUCAAGGGCAAGAGCAAAGAUAUGAAGAUUGUCGUGGCGCUCUCGGGAUUGUCCCUGAGUGAGGAGAAGUCCGACAAGAAAUCAGAGAGAGUCAAAACGCAAGUGUCCAAUCCAGCGCCUGAAGUAGACCUGCUCGGAGAUCUAAUGGGAGGCGAUGAUGCAGUGGGUGACGACGACUUCGGAGACUUUGGAGACUUUGGCAGUGCUGUCGCAAAUACAGCCACAAAUGCUCUCGACGAUUUCGGCGAUUUUAACGCACCCGCAGCACAACCGCAAACUGCUAGCAGCGGCCAGGGUUCUUUCAAUCCAUUUGCUACGGUUGAUGUUGGGGGGGUUAAUGACUCAUUCGCCUUUGUCUCUGGGGCCACACCAGUGCCACAACAACCAGCUCAGAUGCAACCGCAGCAACACCAGUACCAACAGCAGAACACUCAACAACAACAACAACACCAAUAUCAGCAGCAACAGCAACAACAGCGACAGUUCAGUCAGACGGGCGGUCAAAAUUAUGGAAUGCAGGCAAAACUGCCGGCUAACACAGGCAAAGCCACGCCCAAUUACUUCGGGUCUUCACCAACUCCUCGACAGCAAGCACCAGCGAAGCCGACUGCCAAGACUUCCACUUUCGACGGUCUUGUAAGUCUAGAUGCUAGCUCCCUUGGGCGGGCGGGUAAUUACGCAAAUCAGAAACAGGCCCCAAAACAGACUCUGGGUCAGAUGAAGCGUCCUUGAGUGAUUGUAAAGCUGGUUGCCGGACAAAUAGACGAGGAUUAUUCUGUCGUAGCCCGCGUUUUAAUCAGCAUUGAUAACAAGUCAGGUGAAGUGAAUAUGGAACUGAUUGAAAUGAAGUUAAGACAUAUUCGUUAGCACCGAGCGAUAACUGUAGAUAGCAGUCACAAACAUAUACUUGAAAUGAUUGUACAAACUAGCGAAACACACUCAACACCCAAUAAAGGGAAGAAGUCUAUUUGCUCCUGUCCACCCCG